GUAUUGUCUCUCGCUCUACAAACACCACGAGGGUUUCCGUCCCACGCGGGCAGCGCGUUCCCCCGCGACUCCGCCGCCGCCCCCGGGUCCCUCCCGGCCGGGGCACAGCGCGGCGCCGGGGGCAGAGCCGCGGGCGGGGGGAGCGACGGAGGCAUUGUUCGGCCGCGGUGGGGCCGCGCGGCGCGGGAUGCGCCCCGGAGCCUCUCCCGUUCGGGGGCCGCGAUGUAAUCGGCUCUAGCUCUGGUUUCCUGGAUGGGAACGCUGCCCUUAGAUUUCAAAGGGAAGAAGUAGACAACGCGGGCCGGGCACACAUGGAUUAAGUUGAACGGCGGCGAUUACAUCUGCGCUGAGAGCAACAGUAGUUCGAGGCUGACUUCAAACCUCAGCCCGUGACUCGGAGGCUCUCUGCCAUAGACUUCCUCAAUUUCCGGAUGCGCUGCUCGAAAUUCCCGACUCGCUCUCGAAUUCCUGCGGCACGGGGGGAUCGCGUGCUUCCCCCUUGCCGAGCCUUUUUCGGGGGGAUGAUGCCCUUUAUUUUGGCUGUACCUGACGGGGUAACGCGACCUCCGCGCACCGUAUCGCCAGUCCAUGGAGUGGAUAUUGACAGUCGGGAUUGAAGCUUUUUUUUUUUUUUUUUUUUUAACUCUUUUUUUUUUUUUUUCCCCUUGCCAAGCCCCAGCACUCCGGGAUGUGUCAUUCCCCUCGCGGAUACGUGUGACUCCGGGCCACACGGCCGUGCCCGCAGCUGAGCGCACACCGCGAGCAUCACUUGGACGUGACACGGAGCGGCGUGCGGCGGGGCAGCGAGUCCGGAACCAUCGCUCCUCGCACUGCAAUCAUUCCGCAUUCCCAAGAAGAGGUUAAACCUUCACGUUGAUGUUAAGGGGCUGCUCCCAUGGAACACCGCACGGCCGCGGAGGUGCCGCCCCGGCCCGGCCGUGCCCAGCGCGGGGCAGCCGCUCCGUAGCCCCUCGCAGCCCCGCUCACGGCGUUGUUACGUGGAGCCCUGGAAGCACCUGGGGUAUUCCGCCUUCUUCCUCCGCUGGAAGCAAUCGGCGCGCAGCAAUCCCGACGCGGGCUCCGGGACCGUAGCACACCGCGGCUCGCCAUCCGGCACGGUUAACCGGGGGAAGUGUGCGCCUUUCUGCCUUCUCUAUGCUUUGUUACGGGGCUGACGGCAGCCCGCGUCCUCCUCCCCCUCCCGCAAUAUUCGAACCGCGGCUCCGAGCGCUCGGGCGGCGCGGGGUGCGGGCAGCAAAAUAGCCCCGGCUGCGCGGAGCGAAUUGCGCAGGAGAGGAAAACCGGAGCGGCCCGCACAUGUAAGUAUUCCUCGCUCCGAGCCUUGAAGUUGGGAGCGCCGGGCCCGGGGCGCGGAGCCGCACAAUGAGCGGCGAACGCCGCCGCCGAACGGCCGCUCUCGCGGAGGAUCUCCCACCGCCGCGCUCACACUUCCGUCCCUCACACUCACGGCGCGCACAAAAGAGCAACGGUGGUCCGAAAUAGCCUAAAAAAUAUACGAAACGCUACGAAAAAGCACCGAAAUCCUUCGUGCGGAGCGAGCGAGGAGCAAGCCGGAGAGGUCGGAGCGUGCUGGAGCCCGGAUUGUUUAAUAGAAAGAUUUAUCUGCGAACUGUAUUAUUUACUUUGGGAGGGGAGGCGGCGGUAUGAGGGUAUGCUAAUUAGCGGGAGAUUUUUGGGGGGAAGGGGUGGAAUAUCAAUUUUUAUUGCAUCACCUGUCAGGAGUGUCCAAUCAGCGUUGGCUUUAGGGGAAUUAAUUGAUGAAGGUGUCUCCGGACGAGCUCACUUCACUCUGUCAUUUUAUUUGUAGCUAAAGCAGCGGCGGGAAUAGCAGCUGCAUUGCUUUUCUCUUCCUCCCUUCACAUUCCAUUAUCAUAGUUUCCAAUGGAAAAGCAGGGAAUGAAAGGGAACAGGUACUGAUCUGCGGCAGCAACUUAGAGAAACACUUUGGCAAAGCUGAUUUUUAAGAUUACACAUUGAUUGUAGCCUCACGGUGGUGGUUUUUGGUCUUUUUUUUUUUAACUUAUUUUUAUUUUUUUUUACAUUUUGUCUAAAGUUUGGCACUUCACCCACCAGGAAUAGCAGCAGCUCUGUUAGCAGGAUGCCUUGAGACAAAUACAGCAUCUGGCCGAGGAUUGUGUGUGUGUGGCUUUUUCUUUUUGGGUUUUUUUUCCCCCCCCUUUUUUUUUUUUUUUUUUUUUCUUCCUUCUCUCUCUCUCUCCGCAAAUGCCGGCAAUGAUUUAAUUCGCGAAAUGGGAGACCUGAAGUCGGGGUUUGAAGAGGUGGAUGGCGUGCGGCUCGGCUACCUCAUCAUUAAAGGAAAGCAAAUGUUUGCACUCUCCCAGGUUUUCACCGACCUGCUCAAAAACAUCCCGCGGACCACCGUGCACAAGCGAAUGGAUCAUUUGAAAGUCAAAAAGCACCACUGCGACCUGGAGGAGUUGAGGAAACUCAAAGCCAUCAACUCCAUCGCGUUCCACGCCGCCAAAUGCACGCUCAUCUCCAGAGAGGACGUGGAAGCGCUCUACACCUCCUGCAAAACCGAGCGGGUCCUCAGGACAAAGCGGCGGAAGCUCGGCCGGGCCCUGGCGGGCGGCGAGCUGCGGCCGGAGCGGGCGCCCGCCGACCCCUUCCGCGGCUUCUGGAAGGAGAACAAACUUUGGCUGGGUUUGAAUGACUCUCCCCGGCCGCUGCUGCCGAUCAGGCGGAAAGCUCUGCGGCCGGGGGCCGCGGCCCUGCUGCCGGCCUCCCAUCUACCUCACCUUUUUAGUAAAUACACUGGCCACGGCUACCCGGAGCUGGCCCGGGCGCCCCGCAAACCCCCCGGCGGCUAUGAAACGGCGGCGGGCGGCUGCGUUCCCCUCCGCGCCCGCCGCCCUCCCGCCGCCCGCCCCCCGCCCGCCGCCGCCACGGCGCGGCCUCGGCUCCCGGCCGCCGGGCCCCCGCCCCUGCCCCUGCCCCUGCCCGCCCGCUGCCGCCGCCGCCGCCACGGGGCCGCCGCCGCCGCCGCCGCCGCCGCCGUCGCCGCCGCGCUGGGCCCCCCCCGGCGGCCCCUGGCCCUGGCGCGGCCCUGCCGGCCCCGCGGCGCCCCGCGGCUGCCUCUGCCGCUGCCGCGCGGCUUCGGGCCGCCGCCUUCGCCCGCCUUCGCCGAGAGCGGCAGCAGCGACUCGGAGUCCAGCUGCUGCUCCGGCCGCGCCGCGCACGACUCGGACUGCGGCUCCAGCCCGUCCAGCUCCAGCGAGGGCAGCUCGGAGGAGGAGGACGAGGAGGAGGAGGACGAGGAGGGCAGCGGCGGCUCGGACUCCAGCGAGGGCAGCUCGGAGGAGGAGGAGGAAGAGGAGGAGGAGGAGGAGGAGGAGGAGGAAGAGGAGGAGGAGGAGGAGGACAGCACCUCGGACUCCGACUCCAGCUCGGUCUCCAGCCAGGUCUCGGUGCAGAGCAUCCGCUUCAGGCGCACCAGCUUCUGCAGCCCGCCCGCCGUGGUGCACGCCAACUUCUUGUACCAUCUGGCCGCCGCCGCCGCCCCCCGGCCCCCGGCCCCGGCCCCGACGGAUCCCGGCGGGCCGCCCGCCCUCCGCCGCGCCGCGGGCUGCGUGAAGCCGGAGCUGCCCGAGGAGUGGGGCCGGCCCGGCUGGGGCCCGGCGCUGCGCUGCCCCGGCGGCCCUGGGAGCUGCUUCGCGGAGAUAAGGGAGCGGAGGGCGGCCGAGAUCACAUUCCCACACUCUGAAUUUCCCAAUAACGCCAAGAGUACUGACCUAACAAUUAACUGCGUUGCAAAGGGGGCCUCUUCACCUAGCCCAAAGACAAACAAUGCAUUUCCACAACAAAGAAUACUCAGAGAGGCAAGGAAAUGCCUUCCAGCAACUACUACACACUGUGCAGAUAACAAUACAAUAGCUGCUAGGAUCUUAAAUAAUGAUUCUUCAUCAGCGGCUGCGAAUUCCGAAAAAGAUUCCCAAAUCCCUCAUUGUAUUGAAUUUGCCACGGAUUUGCCCUCGUUACGGACCGACCCCGCGGAGGACGCCGCCUCUCCGGGGGCUGCGGAGCCGCGGAGCGCCGAGCCGGAGGCCGAGGCGCUGCCCUUCCCGCACCGCGUCCGCAUCAAAACCGAGGAGGAGGCGAGCGGCGAGGACGGGCCCGACCCUCCGCCCCGCGAGCCGCGGUGUGAGUGCAAUGAUCCCGAGGAGGAGCGUCGCGCCGUGACGGAGGGCAGCGAGCGGGACGCUUUAGGAACGGCCAAGGAGGAUUCUGCAUGCACUGAGAAAGAAACCACUUCCUUCCCUCCGCUGACUCAGAGUCAGGGCCUCUCAUGCACUUUAGGUACUCCAAAACCUGAGGAUGGGGAGUAUAAAUUUGGAGCGAGGGUGAGAAAGAACUACAGGACGCUGGUUCUGGGCAAGCGGCCCGCGCUGCAGCCUCCUCCGCUCAAACCAAAUCUGAAAUCGGCGCGGAGCCCGCGGCCCGCAGGUAAAGCCGAGCCCGAAGGAACACUGGACGAUCUCACGGCCAACAAUAGGCGCAGAAGGGUAGCCGGCAAUGUAGCAUCAGCGGUGAAAAGGCCGUUUAAUUUCAUGGCAAAUUUUCCCUGUCCACCAUCGCUAAUUAUUGGCCAUGACGGGGAUUUGUUGCCAGCUUACUCCUUAAGCACCACUAAGGACUCGCAAGCACCUCACAGGGCCCAUCCCGUGUGGAAAUGGCAGCUGGGCGGCUCUGCAAUACCUCUCCCACCUAGCCACAAAUUCAGGAAAUUUAAUUAAUAAAAUACUUUGGAAAAUAUUUGCUGGAACCACCUCUCGUCUGUGCGCUGCGGGAGCUCGGCACGAAGCUUCGUGCGGCCCUUAACGCCGCGCAGCGCUCGCUGCUGGGAUCCGCUGUGUCGUUUGUGAAGACAGAACCCGGAUUACCGUUUUCUUUCCUUGUUCCAACGGUGGUUUUGGUUUGGUUUGUUUGGGUCUUUUUUUUGUUUUUUUUUUUCUUUUUUUUUGUUUUCCUCUUUUUUUUUUUUUCCUGUUACAUUUGGGUAUUUUUUGUUACAUUCCACAGAGUACUUCAGGCAAAGACUCAACUCAACUCAGUUACGCCGGUAGAGCUGGAACACUUUACUGUUUGAAUGCUAAUAAUGCACCAGUACCUCAAUUCAACUGCUGCAAAUAAAUGUCAAAAGGUUGAAUAAUAAAUACUAGAAUGAGCCAUUAAAUUUAUGCACUAGAUUUCGAACAUGGCAGUCUAACUGUUAAUUCAGUUAAAGUUUGUGAAGUGCCACGGCCGCACAGGAGGGCCGGCCGCACCUCGGCGCUCGGAGCGGGGCGGUGCGGUGCCCCGGGCCCACAGCGCUGCGCUCAGCCCCUGGGGAAGGCGGGGGCAGAGAGCGGUACGAAACGGGGGAUCGCAGCGCGGGGAAAGGGCGUCCCUUCGCUCGUACGGCCCCUCGGUGCGAUUGGAAGCCUUUUUGUUUCACCCAGAGGUCUUAAAUAAGGUUACUGUUACCCGCUCACGUCGUGCCGAAGCUGUGCUCCGAACGCGCCCCUGCAAACUUGCACGGCGCUCAGAGCCCUGCCCGGCCCGCCGCGAUUUAUGGGCAACCCCGCGCGGGCCGCAGGAAAUAGCGAAGCAGUAAAUGCGGCGCAGAGAGAGCGGAGCGAGGGGCCAGGAGUGGGAACGGCGCAGCAAACGCGAACCCCGCGCUGCUCGUGGCUCUCCGGCCCCGAACUCGGGCGCUGCCGCCUCGGUGUCCUCAGCCCCGAACCCCGGCGCUGUCGGUUUUUGUUUCCGGGCCGUCCUCUCUAUGUAGCAGAAACGUUUCUACCGCACGUGACAAUCAGAGGCGAUUAUCUCUAUUUGCACUUAAUAUCGAAAUAGUGGAGCGGGCGGGGGCGAGGGCCUCGCCUCGGAGAGACAUGCCGGUAUAAUAUAUUGUGAUGAUGGAAGCGGUAAAUCAAAAUGAUGGAAAUUUGCACUGUUGAAAAGCAUGCUUUAGCUUUAUUUUCAAUUAAAAACACUGUUUAAAAAUU